AUGCUUUGCAUGGGAUGCGAUUCAAGGGGACAGAAUCAUCAGUCAUGGCUGGUAAUAAACAGAUCCAAUGGGGUCUUGGACAGUGGGGCGUCUCAUCACAUGACCCCUUCUUCCUUCAUACUAGAGGAUAUAAGAGUUCUUGAGAAACCUUUUUACAUCACUAUCCCAACAGGGGAGGUAGUGCUUGUGGAGAGAACUGGAAAUCUCAGACUUGAUAAAUAUAUCAAGGACCUAGCCACGAGGAGGAUGAUUGGUUCGGGUAGCUUGCAAAAUGGGGUUUAUGUGCUCAAAGAAGUGGAUCAAGGAACGGCUUAUGCUACAAAUCAAGGAGACAACACCACUCUUUGGCACUGCAGAAUGGGUCAUCCCUCAAUUCAGUCUCUUCAGCAAUUGUCUGGUUUAAUUAAAUGUAGUUUUGAUUUCAAUAAAAUAGACUGUUGUGACAUAUGUCACAAGUCCAAGCAAUGUAGACUCUCCUUUACCCAAAGCAUGAAUAAAGCUGAAAGGCCUUUUGAUUUAGUUCAUUGUGAUUUGUGGGGAAAGUAUAAUACUGCUUCAAGUGAUGGAUCACACUAUUUUCUAACAUUAGUUGAUGAUCAUACACGUGCAACUUGGGUGUAUCUAAUGAAACAUAAGAGCCAAACCACCAAUAUACUUAUGAACUUUUACAAUAUGAUAGAGACACAGUUCAACACAAAAAUCAAGAGAAUUCGCAGUGACAAUGGAACCGAGUUUACCAACUCAAAAGUACAAUCCUUCCUCAUGGAUAAAGGGAUACUUCAUGAAACUUCAUGUGUGGCCACACCGCAGCAAAAUGUGCGGGUUGAAAGAAAACACAGACACAUUUUGAAUGUUGCAAGAGCUUUGAGGUUCCAAGCAAAUCUUCCCAUUCACUUUUGGGGAGAAUGCAUACUAGCAGCAACUCACAUCAUUAACAAGACACCGACUGUAGCCAACAAAGGGAUCACACCUUUUGAAAAGCUGUUUGGGAAGUCACCGAGUUAUGAUCAUCUCAGAGUUUUUGGGUGUUUAUGUUAUGUUGGAACGCGUUUGAAAUCCAGAGACAAAUUUGACCCAAGAGCAGAGAAGUGCAUCUUUGUUGGUUACCCGCAAGGCCAUAAAGGUUGGAGAGUCUACAGUUUAAGGACUCGUGAAUUCUACACCUCGCGAGAUGUUAUAUUUUAUGAGCACAUAUUUCCCUACAUUGAAUCUCAAACAAAUAAGAUCAAAGAGGCACCCUCUAAAAUUUUUCAUGACAUCUCUGAAUCACACGAAGAUGAGAGUCAUGAGAACGAGAUGAAAGAUGAGGAGCGAAAUGGUCAAGAAAAAGAAGACUCGACACAAAUUUUGGGGGAGAUGAUACAAGAAGGCAGAACUGAUGAGAAGGAUGAAACCCAACAACAAAAUGGCCUCAUUGAUCUCCCACCACGUAACAGGCGACCACCUGGAUACCUUGUGGACUACCAUCGCCCUACAAUAAGCAAGAACCCCUCAAGCAAGCACCCGGAUCAGUCCCACUCUUCAGGUAAAGCCUAUGCUAUCACUAAUUUUAUCAAUGAUAGAUGUUUUUCCCAAAGACAUCAGGUUUAUCUUGCAGCAAUCAGUAGCAUUCAAGAACCAAAGAAUUAUCAAGAGGAUGCAACACAUCCUGAGUGGCAAAAGGCCAUGGCAGCAGAAGUCAAAGCACUGGAAGACAAUAAAACUUGGGAUGUUAUGCUACCACCGAUGGGAAAGAAGGUAGUCGGUUGCCGAUGGGUCUAUAAGGUAAAGUACAAAGCUUCCGGAGAAGUUGAGAAAUACAAGGCGAGGCUUGUAGCAAAGGGGUUCACUCAAAUAAAGGGGUGGGAGCUCCACCAAAUGGAUGUAAGCAACGCAUUCCUACACGGGGAUCUCGAAGAAGAAGUAUACAUGCAAGUUCCCGAUGGAUACCAAGUUCCCAAGAAAGGAAUGGUUUGCCACAAAUUCAUGGCUGUUUUAGUGUAUGUGGACGAUCUGGUAGUUGCAGGAAAUAAUAGCUCUACAUGCAACAAAUUCAAGCAAUAUCUAAAGCAGUGUUUUCACAUGAAGGACCUUGGAUCUCUAAAAUAUUUCCUAGGUCUUGAGUUAGCGCGAGGAGCAACUGGGCUAUUCAUUUGCCAACGAAAAUACACUCUAGAUAUUUUAAGCAAGUGCAAAAUGCUUGACUGCAAACCAUCCUCAUUUCCAAUGGAGCAAAAUCAGAAACUUGCUUUGGAUGCAGGUCCAAUUUUCGCAAAUCCGCCGCGUUACAGAAGACUGGUUGGUCCUCCUCAACAGGCUCAUUGGGAUGCAGCCAUGCGUGUACUGAGGUAUUUGAAAUCAUCGCCAGGACAAGGUAUCAUCCUACCUAAGGACAAUGAUCUCCAACUAGUAGGAUAUUGUGAUUCGGAUUGGGCAUCAUGCCCUUUAACUCGAAGAUCCACCACAGGUUACUUGAUGAAAUUAGGAUCUGCCCCAAUAUCAUGGAAGACGAAGAAGCAAAUCACCGUGUCAAAGUCAUCAAGUGAGGCAGAGUAUCGAGCCAUGAACCAAGCUGUUAGCGAGAUCAUUUGGUUGCGCAGUCUAUUGUCCAGUUUACAAAUUCAGUAUGAUUGUCCUACUGUUCUGCAUUGUGAUAAUCAAGCUGCAAUCCACAUUGCAGCAAACCCAGUAUUCCACGAAAGGACAAAACACAUUGAAACCGAUUGCCAUUUCAUUCGUACUCAUCUGCAGAGAGGCGUAAUUUCCACCACCUAUAUCCAUACUAAAAAGCAACAGGCUGAUAUAUUCACGAAGGCAUUAGCAUCCAAGCAGUUUCAAGAUCUUACUGCCAAGAUCAAAGAAGACGUUCCACAAUCAGCGAUUGAUUCCAUGGUGAAGCAAGUGAAUUCCCUUAUCUCUCUUGAAGAGCCACUUCACUUAACUAUGGGUCCGUUGGUAAGUAUUCAAUCCUCCAAUUCCAUUUCAUCUUUCAAUUUCACUCACAUGAUCCAUAGUAGAUUCAGAUCCAAGGAAGAUCUCCAUGCCUAUGCAGUGCACCCUACACACUUGGCAGUCAUCAAAGAUAACAAGCCUAUAGUUGAUGAAACCAUGGCUCUUAAUUGGGUCACCGAGGUUCACGAUAACGACUUGGUUCUACAACAUGGAUCUGCUAUGCAAGUUGUGUUCUUCAAGUUGAAGGAGGGUUUGGGAGAAGAAGUUAAAGAUGAGGUGUUGAAGGGUAUAAGUGGAAUUCAACAUCAGUUUAAUUGUGGGGAAAAUUUCUCUCCUGGUAGAGCUAAAGGGUUCUCUAUUGGUUCCCUUUCGGUUUUUCCAAGUUUAAGGGAAUUGCAUGAAGUUGAUUCUCAUGAGGAAUUUCGCAAAUAUGAUACGAAUGAUAAGGUUAAGGAAAAUCUGGACACUGUAUUGGUUCUUGGUUAUGUGUCACAUAACCCAACAUCGCCUUGA